GAACACCAGUCAACCGUAUCCCGAUCAUGGCCAAGCAGACCCUGGACCUGUACGAGCUGUUUCGCCUGGUAGUUUCCAAAGGGGGUCUGGUCGAGGUCAUCAACAAGAAGCUCUGGCGGGAGAUCACCAAGGGACUCAACUUGCCGUCAUCUAUAACCAGCGCGGCUUUCACACUCCGAACUCAGUACAUGAAAUACCUAUACCCAUACGAGUGCGAGAAGCUCAAGUUAAGCAACCCCUCGGAGCUGCAGGCGGCUAUAGAUGGGAAUCGCCGUGAGGGCCGGCGCUCUAGUUACGGGUACGACAUGUCCCCUGGUCCUACCCUCGUCCCUCCCAGUCACCACCUGAACGGCAGUCUGAUGAACGGGAAACUUGGCAGGUGUUCACCAAGUGAAUCGACCCGACAUAAGACACCUGACUGGGGGCGGUGGUCCUGGUCUCACACUAAAUCCGGCUCUGAUGCCACUCAGCCACCACAUCUACAGCAUCUAAACCAAACACCUCUCCCUGCCCACCACCGCGGGCUGACAGAAAGAGAUGCUUUAGCCAUGGAAGCUGCAUCCAGAGCCAUGGAAGAAGCUACGAGAAAGAUGGAACAUGUAACACGAGUUUCCCUGGACGAUGGUCCGCCCCCUAGGAAACGGCUUCUUACAGACGCCGAUAGGAUGAUACCUACAAGUCUCAACAGCGCUCAUUUUAAAAUUACUAGUCGAAAUGACGGCAGAUCAGAAAUCGACACAUCUUUGGUGGUCAGCAUGGAGAUCAAUGGCAUCAUGUAUCAAGGAGUUCUGUUCGCACAACAUCCACACCGGCUUGGUGUGUAG